AUGUCGGUCUUCUCGGCGGAAAAGUUCCAGGGCAAUCGCCUGGCAAUCGUUUCGGUGCGCGGCAACGCACUGUCCCAGAAGCGCAAAUCUCUCAUCGCAAGAGAAUUUGGAUACUCGGAAACAGUUUUCCUCCACGAUGCACCGGGUCCAGGUCGUCCGAGAUUGUGUGAGAUCUUCACCGAGACUGGCGAGGAGGUGCCUUUUGCUGGACACCCGAUCAUUGGAACAGCACAUUAUAUAUUUACGUAUCUCGAGAAAAUGGCAUACCGAGGACCCGAAGACCGAGAAACAGGCCAGCAGACCGCUGUUCUCCAGACCAAAGCCGGCCGCAUCCCGAUCUUCUACAACAUUUACAGGCAGGUCGCGGCAUGCGCCGUCCCGUUCCAGUUCCAUGUCCACUCCAACCAGGUCUCGCUCGAAAAGGUCAUCACUGUCCAACCGCACGUCCAGAUCGUGCCGACCAUCGAGAAAGUCAAGGGAAGAUCUUGGCCCAUUGUCUCGAUCGUGAAGGGAAUGAGUUUUGCGCUCGUAGACUUGACCGAUGCACCUGAAGUCCUCGCCGCCCUGCAGCCGGGUCAAGCGCCGGAGGCCGAACUUGAUCGAGAGUGGUCACCAAGCUUCGUGGGCUGUUUGUUCUACAAGGUCGUAGGGCUUGCGGAGCAGGACGGCGAGCCCACGAUCCACAACAUUCAGGCCCGCAUGAUAUCGCACGGCAUUGAGGAUCCGGGUACUGGGAGCGCAUGUUCUGCGCUGUCGUGUUAUUUGGCACUGAACCCACGCUCUUCCGCAGAACCCAAGAAAAGCGAACCAGUCAGUGAUGAUUCGGCUAGUGCAGACCCAGACUCAGAGCCAGUAGAAAAAGUCGUGGAGAAGGUCGAGGCAAAAACUAAAGAUCUGAAGAUCGAGGAGAAGACUGAGAGGAUGGUUUUUGGAAUUCAGCAAGGUAUUGAAAUGGGCCGUGCGUGCACUAUCGCCGUUGAGGUGGACGUCAAGACGGACUCGCAGGGUAAAACAAGCAUUGUCAAUAUCAUCCUUUCCGGAAGGGGUACAGUGUUUUCUAGUGGUCAGCUAUUGGGAGCAUGA